ACCCGGGCAGCGGAGUGUAAUUGAUGAUUCCCGUGUAUGUGAGCGCAGCGCCCGGAGCUCAGCAUGUCCCGGGACAGGGCGGUCCAGCUGGCCCCCUCCUCGCUCGCCAUGGUCCUGUGCAGACUGGACGGCUCAGGGGCGGAGGAGAAGGGCAGCCAAGUCUUCCAGGACUUCCAGGCUGCGAAUGCGAGGUGCUUCUGGAACAGGAGGUUGGUGCGGGCCGUGGCGGAGGUGUCCUUCCAGGGCUGGCUGGAGAGCUGGGUGCUGCUGGUCCAGGGCCAGAGUGCCAACCUGGAGGUGCUGCGAGAUGCCUGGGUCAGGAGGGCACUGCGACACCCCAGGGGCUUCAUCAUCACUGCACUGGGUGAUGUGUCUCCCAUGCAGAUGAAUCCUGUUCCUCAGUCUCAGUUCAUUCCCCUGGCAGAAGUGUUGUGCUGUGCUAUAUCUGAUAUGAACGCAGCCCAGAUUCUAGUGACACAGGAAUCCCUAAUGGAGCAGCUGAUAAAACAUUAUCCAGGUAUAGCUACACCAUCCCAGGAAAUUCUGUAUUCUACUCUUGGAACGCUUAUCAAAGAAAGGAAAAUAUACCACACUGGAGAAGGCUACUUCAUAGUGACUCCUCAGACUUACUUUAUCACUAGGACGGCUGUGUCGCACAAUAAGUGCGGGGCAGCUGAGGAGACCUCCAUCUCUCCACCAGCCAUCACAUAUCUGGUGAGCAUGGAGAGCUGCGCUGAUCUAACCAAACCUAAUGUUCCCUCAGUAUCACACUGCAGGUCCUGCAGUUGUUUCUCUGAAAACUCCACCCAUAAUAUACUGGGGCAGCAGUCCAUCAAUGAGGGUAAUGGAAAAGAACAAAAGUCUGUCAAAGAUUCAAAGCCCUCUGUCCAAAAUCAGGCAACGUCAACAUCCCGGGACCCGCACACUUGUAGUAAAAGUAAACCGCAACAUUCACUUAAAGAAAAAGAAAAGUGCAAUAAGAGAUUUGGAAUCAGUCUCUUUUGGCGCAGUGUUGCAAAGAAAGAAAAAUCCAAAAAGGAGUUGACGAGCUUUUCAGCACAAUUUCCACCUGAGGAAUGGCCCGUCCGGGAUGAAGACAAUAUAGAUAAUAUCCCUCGCGACAUAGAACAUGAGAUUAUUAAACGAAUUAAUCCUGUUCUGACUGUGGACAACUUGAUGAAACACACAGUGAUGAUGCAGAAAGUUGAAGAACAGAAAAAGUAUUUCAGUAAAGGAACUUCAACAGAGAUACUAAAAAUGAAAAAUGCUCAAAAUCUUAGAGGAAGUAACAAGAAGAAAAAUAAUAGAAUAUCAAAGUACCACAAAAAAGGUCAGGCAAACAAGGAAAAAAAUAAGAAAGAUAUGUGUGCCCCAAGGUUGACCAGAGAGGUAGAAGUAGAUGUGAUAAAGAAGUCGCAGCAGCAGUCUGCCAUGAUGGAUGAUACAAGGGUUCCAGAUAUAUUGACUGCAGGUAAUGAAUAUAGUAACCAGCCUGAAGUUGUGUACAAAAAGCAAAUCUGUAAUCCAUUUGAGGGUAUCUCUUACAGAGAUAACAUUAAUGUCAGUGGAUGCAAACCUAUAAAAGAGGUUAAGAAAUGCAGACCUGGGAAAGACAGGAAACAUAUGCCACGACCAAAGUCACUAGACUGUUCAGGCUUAAAUGUCCAAGCAGGAACCAGACAUCUAAAAGCUGAAAGGCCUGAAGACACAUAUCGUGAGAAUUUGUUCCGUGAUCAGAUAGUGCCGAUAAACGAAAAAGACGAUUUAAGAGAAUACCCUCCUAGUUACCCUCAAUCUAGUACCCUGAGGAUAGAUGAUAAGUUUAAACACCUAAAAGAACACAGCUCAACACUAGGGUCACCAGAUGAAGAAGGAAGUCCUCUUUUCAGUGACAGUCAAACAAAGGUGUUGGUACAGUCAGAAAGGACUUGGGAACAUGAUGUAGGGAAUCCUUACUCUCCUGUGUCGUAUUGCAACAAGAUGACUUCACUUAAUGAAUCCUUACAACAUGCACAAACAAGUCUCUGUAGAAGUAUAAGCUCUUCAAAAAGUUUUGGUAGAUCCAAUGUUGGUGCAUUAGAGAAAAAUGAGCCUGACUCCCAUGGAAGUUAUUCAGCAAGUGAAAUGAACAGUAAAGAUCUACCAAAGUACACAGCAUUUUCCGGUACUUCUCAGAAUAAAGAUCUUGUUGAGGAAGAGGAUCAAAUGUUUUACAAGAAGGAGGACAACGAUGAUGCCUCAAGUUCCUUCUACUUUGAGGGAGAUACUGAUGAACAUAUUGGAAUGUGUCAAAAUCUUGAAAUGUGCAUCCAAAAUAGGAGCCUGGAGAUGAAAAAUCUUUAUGAUCUACAUGAAGAAAGCCAUGCUGCCCGAGAAACUUCUCCAAGUCACUGGGACUCAAACAGACCUUCAAUACAUCAGUUUUCUUUAAAUGGCCAUUGCCAAGAAGAUUAUACAUCAUCUAUCUUCUCUUCUGACAGUUCUCAUAGUUAUACUAGAUCUGCUCUACAUGUAGAAGGAAGUUCUUGCCAGCCAUUGUCUCAGUAUGUUCUUCACCAUCAAGAAGUAGAUGUCGAUACUGCUAAAUGUAUUCAACCUGAGCUUUGUGAAGGCAGUAUAUUCGAUUACUGCAAUUCUAGUGACUGUAACUCUGUGGCGGAGACUGUCCAGACAUCCAUUAAAGGAAGUGAUGAGAAACCUAUGAAGAACACAGGGCAACCAUCUGGAGACGGAAGGACUUGUUAUGAGCACACCUUAAAGUUAUUCAACACAAAGACUAAUCCAUUAGAAGCUACUCAAAAUGAAAACCAUAGCACCACUGGAGAUAGUGGAAUCGAAUCUCCACGAACUCGGAUAAGUCUGGCAUCUACUAAUUCUGUAAUAUUUGAGAAACUCAAGAAAAGGACAUUUUUGCAGAACCUUGAAGUGAAUGUUGGGAACAAGAAUGAAGGACUAAUAACGUCUGGCUCCCUAUUACAGCUGACCCCUGCUAUGAAUGUAUAGAUUACAUACCCAAAAUACCAGACUGUUACUGUUUUGUAUGUCUCGCCUCGGGACAUCAGGGCCUAAAUUAAAACGGGAACAUUUAGUUUAACUAUAUGUUCUAUCCUUUAAUCUACUGCAAGGAAGUGGCUGUCCCCCCCCCCCCCCCCCUUGUGAGAUCAGGGUGGCAUAGAUGACCCGUUUCCAUUGCUUUAUACACAGUGUUAGAUGUGAACAAGGCUCUCUUCACACCUGCAUUGUGGUUUUCAUCAUGUGACAUGCUGCAUUGACUUAUAUAUAAUGGGGUCAGUUGAAUUCUAUGACAGUGUCCCAUCUUUUUGACCAUGAAAUGCUGCAGCACGCAGGGUUUGUGACGUGAAGUGUAAGAGAUCAUCUACAUUUUGGAUAAUCUGGAAGAUUCCUUCUUAUAGCAAAGUUAGCAGACGCACCCCAUCUGUGCCUUACUGAAGUGGAAAAUCCUAUGCUGCUAAAAGAAUCUGGCAUAUAAUGGUGCUGGUUACAGUAGAGGGAGCAAAAUGUUACAGUUGAAAUGCAGUUGAGGGACAUUGAGGGGAGUGUAUGCCUUAGGGUACGUUCACACGAUCGGAUCCCCAGCGUAUUUUAUGCCGUGGAUCUGCUGCUGAUAGGACCUCUGUAUGGUGCCUUUACAUGUGCCUGCUCGGAGCGGCAAUACGCAGGUACGAACAGACACACUGAAGCGAUGUGCGUGUCGCCGCGCAUGCGCGGUGUACUCGAACAGAUCGUGGACGCUCCCCCUACUCUAUGAGCUAGGCUGAGAGCUGCCGC